AAACUACAAUGUUCUCCUCUCUCUUGGCCGGUGGUGUCUGGGAGUUUAAUAGUUAACAUCAGGGCCGCUGUUUAAAGUUUCGCCCCUGUUUGCAGUUCCAAGGAAUGGGGGGGGGGGGGGGGGCUAUUUGGUUGUCAGUUUGUUUCUCUUCUCACAGCUUUGCAGUGAACAUGAGCCAUAAAGCGACUGAGGUGUAACUGCAAAAUAACAAGGGCACCGCAAUGAGGAACAUCGCGAACGCGGCGAGACUGCGCAGAAAGGUCUUCGCGUCCGCGUGGGCGCCGAGGGUCCCUUUGCAGCGCUCUCGGGGCUGCGGCGCGCGGACGUACGCGGGAGAGCGGGAGAGUGGGACCAGCAUGCUGGAGAAGAGAUGGAAGGACACGGCAGACACAGUGGUCAUUGGAGGAGGAUGUGUCGGCGUCAGCCUGGUCUAUCAUCUGGCCAAGGCUGGAGUGAAGGAUGUGGUGCUGUUGGAGAAGUCGGAGCUCACCGCUGGUUCCACCUGGCAUGCAGCAGGUUUAACUACAUACUAUCACCCUGGGAUCAACAUGAAGAAGAUUCACUAUUACAGUAUUAAACUAUAUGAGAAGCUUGAAAAGGAGACAGGCCAGGCUGUGGGUUUCCAUCAGCCUGGAAGCAUUCGUAUUGCAUCCACUCCGGUUCGAGUGGACGAGCUGAAGUACCAGAUGACCCGGACACACUGGCAUCCCACACCACAGUUCCUCAUUGAGCCUGAGAAGAUCCAGGAACUGUUUCCACUGUUAAACAUAAACAAGGUGCUGGCUGGCCUGUAUAACCCCGGUGACGGGCACAUCGACCCCUAUUCUCUGACCAUGGCUUUGGCUGCAGGGGCUCGCAUGUAUGGAGCUGAGAUAUACAACCCAGCCCCUGUCACUGGUCUCACACCUACCUCGAAUGGCAAGUGGGAUGUACAAACACCCCAGGGGACUCUCCGUGCCAAUCGCAUUGUCAAUGCUGCAGGAUUUUGGGCCAGGGAAGUGGGCAAACUCAUUGGCCUGGAACACCCCACCAUCCCUGUUCAUCACCAGUAUGUGGUGACAGCCACAGUACCUGAAGUGAAGGCCCUGAAGACAGAGCUGCCUGUGAUCCGGGACCUAGAGGGCUCCUACUACCUCCGCCAAGAGCGUGACGGCCUGCUUUUUGGGCCCUACGAAAAGGAGCACAAGAUGGUGCUGCAGGACUCGUGGUUCAGAGACGGCGUCCCUCCAGGCUUUGGGAAGGAGCUGUUUGAGUCCGAUCUAGACCGAAUCAUGGAACAUGUUGAGUGUGCUAUGGAGAUGGUCCCAGUGCUCAAGAAUGCUGACAUCAUAAACAUCGUGUCAGGUCCCAUCACAUACAGCCCAGACCUUUUGCCCAUGGUAGGACCUCACCAGGAUGUACGCAACUACUGGACAGCCAUUGGCUUUGGCUAUGGAAUCAUCCAUGCUGGUGGAGUGGGCAAGUUCCUGAGUGACUGGAUAGUGAAUGAAGAGCCACCCUAUGACUUGAUCGAGUGUGACCCCAACCGCUAUAGCAAGUGGACCAACGAGGCCUAUGUCUGUGCUAAAGCCAGGGAAUCUUACGGCUUCAACAAUGUCGUGGGCUAUCCCAAAGAGGAGCGCUUCGCAGGCAGGCCCACGCACAGGGUGAGCGGCAUCUACCACCUCCUCAAACCCCGGGCAUCCAUGGGCUUCCACACAGGCUGGGAGCAGCCCCACUGGUUCUACAAACCUGGAGACGAUGUUGGAUACAAGCCUAGUUUCCGGCGUACAAAUUGGUUUGAACCAGUUGGGCGAGAGUGCAGGCUGGUCAUGGAGAAAGUGGGUGUGAUUGACCUAACCCCUUUUGGAAAAUUUAUGGUCCAAGGGAAGGACUCUGUUAAGCUUUUGGAUCGACUCUUUGCCAAUGUUGUGCCAAAGAGGGGAACAACCAACAUCAGCCACAUGCUGACCCUCACUGGGAAAGUGUACGCCGAGGUCACAGUAACACAGCUGGCCGAAGGAGGGUUUCUUCUUAUCACUGGCUCUGGAUCAGAGCUCCACGACCUCAGGUGGAUUGAAAAGGAGGCCAUAGAAGGCAAUUAUGAUGUGGAAGUGACAAAUGUAACGGAGGAUGUGGGGGUGCUGGGGGUGGCGGGACCCAGGUCCAGGGUGGUUCUGCAGAAACUGACGGACCAGGACAUGAGCGACUCUAGCUUCAAAUUCCUCCAUUGCAAAUCCAUCCAAGUGGCAGGCGUUCCUCUGAGAGCCAUAAGGAUCUCUUACACAGGGGAACUGGGCUGGGAGCUGUACAUGGGCAGCAAGCACACGGCCACUGUAUAUCAGGCCCUCAUGAAGGCUGGGCAGGAAGACGGCAUUGAUGACUUUGGUACCUAUGCUAUGUCCUCCCUGAGGCUGGAGAAGGGCUUUAGAGGCUGGGGGGCUGAGAUGAAUUGUGACACCAAUCCCCUAGAAGCUGGUUUGGAUUACUUCAUCAAGUUGAACAAGCCUGCGGACUUCAUCGGGAAGAAGGCCUUGCAGCAGAUCAAGGCUCAAGGACUGAAGCGGAAGCUUGCUUACCUCACCAUGCAGACGGAUGAGGUUGACCCUGAGGGAAAUGAGACCAUCUGGUUUAAUAACAAGGUCGUGGGAAACACAACUUCUGGGGCAUACAGUUACAACACACAGCAGAGCCUGGCCUUUGGCUACCUCCCCAUUGAGCUGUGCACCCUGGGUCAGCAGGUGGAGGUCGAACUGCUGGGUAAAAAGUACACAGCCACCGUGACACAGGAACCCCUGGUACUCACGGAGCCAACGAGAACCCGGCUGCAGAAGAAGGCCGGGGGAAAGACACCAUGAGUGUCUAAGAGCCACAAUGUGGACAACAGUCGCAAGAGUGCUGCAACACUCCAAGCGAUAACAUCUGGUUCCUCUUUUGGUCUGCUGAAGAAUGAGGGCUGCUAUGUCAACAGUUUAGGCUGUGCCUUUUCAUACUUGCCAGUAUUUGGUUGUGAAAAUAAGGGAGAUUGUUGUAGUCCAAAAAAUUCUUUAAAUUAUGAUCAUUUAAUCAUUUAACAGAAUAACAGAUAACAGAACAUCUCAGCCUCUAUCCAGACCAAAUAAUCCACACUUAGUCAUUGUGUUAUGUAUUUGAUUUAUACUCAGUCAUUGUAAAAUAUGGGUUAAUUUUAGAAGAAAUAAAUUGCGAUAAGGGGUGAAAAUAAAUGAGAAAAAUUCUUGGAAAGGUAUACUGUAUCUUUUUUUCGGAUGUCUAUAGACAUGAAUAGAAUUGUAUUUUGUGUUUGGGACUGCACUAAGAAAUGGGGGUCCAGGCCAAAACUGUGAAAGAUGCUUCUUUCUGCUCUUCUGUUACUUUUAUGGCCUAUUUAUUUAGUUGGAAUGGCUUUCAUAACCUUAUCCACUCAAGGAGUUGUUUCGGUAAGUACCGAUGAUACUAAUUUGGAGCCAAACACAUGCAAUACGAAAGACCAUAGGAACAGUAUUUUUGUAA